AUGCACGCUUCGGAAAGACAUGGAUUCGAAGGAGAAGGGUUCUCAUAUCUCAAAAGCCCAAUCUGGUGGGGUGGUGUCACAACAUUGGCCAUCGGAGAAGUCGCGAAUUUCGCGGCGUAUGCGUUCGCCCCCGCCAUCCUCGUCACUCCGCUUGGUGCGCUGAGUGUCUUGGUUGGUGCUGUCCUAGGAUCUUACUUCCUUCAUGAGAGGCUGGGUGUCUUGGGGAAGAUGGGUUGUGCUCUGUGCUUGCUGGGCUCGGUUGUCAUUGUUCUCCAUGCGCCGCCAGACAAGCCGGUCGAGACAAUUGAUGAGAUUCUCGACUAUGCUAUCCAGCCAGGGUUCCUUAUCUAUUGCGCCGCCGUAGCGAUCUUUUCGACGUUUAUGAUAUACCGAGUGGCGCCAGUGUAUGGGAAGAAGAAUCCUCUGAUCUACAUCUCGAUCUGCUCAACAGUUGGCUCCGUCUCCGUCAUGUCGGUGAAAGCUUUCGGUAUUGCGCUGAAACUUACCAUCGGAGGCAACAACCAAUUCACCCAUGCCUCGACUUACGUCUUCCUCAUCGUUACCGCUUUCUGCAUUCUCACGCAAAUGAACUACAUCAACAAGGCAUUGAAUCAAUUCUCAACAUCCAUUGUCAAUCCUCUCUACUAUGUCACAUUCACCACGGCCACAUUGUGCGCCUCGUUUAUCCUCUUCAAAGGAUUCAAUACCACUGAACCUGUCAACAAUAUCUCGUUGCUCUGCGGAUUCCUUAUUAUUUUCUCGGGCGUAUACCUCCUAAACCUUUCGCGACACGAUCCCGAUGGACGACAUAUGCUCAGCUCGAAACUCGACGAUGAUGGCGUGCCCACGGAUGGCAUUGCUAGCUUCCAGACCCGGCGAUCCAUGCAAUCCCGCCGAAGCAACGAACCUCAUCGUCGGAGCUCCUCCAGCCUGGCGUUUAUGAACGGGAGCGGGGACCGCGAAGGGCUCAUGCGGUCGUACGACGUCGAAAAUCAGGCAUUUGGGCUCUCGGAAUUGACGGAAGAAAGCGACGGAGGGCCAGGGCCUACCUAUAAGCGAAGCGAAGAGAUCGAUCGCACCACUCAACGCCCCGAUAAACAUGAACGAUAA